AUGGCUGACCGUUAUUCUUUCUCCUUGACCACUUUCUCUCCAAGUGGUAAGCUUGUGCAAAUUGAGUAUGCUUUGAAUGCCGUUAAACAAGGUGUUACCUCAUUAGGUAUCAAGGCCACAAAUGGUAUUGUUCUUGCCACUGAAAAGACCGUUCACAAUACUUUGGUCAAGUCAGAUUCUUUCAACAAGAUUGAACUUUUAACCGGUGACAUUGGGGUGACAUAUGCCGGUAUGAACCCAGAUUUCCGUGUUCUUGUUGAUAAAUCCAGAAAGCUAGCCCACACAAAUUAUAAAAGAGUUUACAAUGAAAACCCACCAGUAAAGAUCCUUACUUCUGAUAUUGCUAAAACCAUACAAGAAGCCACGCAAUCUGGUGGUGUCAGACCUUUUGGUGUUUCAUUACUCGUUGGUGGUUACGAUGAUGCUACUUUAUCCAAAAAGAAGAACGAGGGUGACCCAAAUGCCUCCGGCUUCAGUCUAUAUCAAGUUGAUCCUAGUGGUUCGUUCUACCCUUGGAAAGCCACUGCUAUUGGUAAAAACUCGAGUAGUGCUAAGACUUUCUUAGAAAAGAGAUAUAAUGAAGAAUUGGAGUUAGAAGAUGCUAUACAUAUCGCACUUUUGACAUUAAAGGAGACCAUUGAGGGUGAAAUGAACGGUAAAACUAUUGAAAUUGUGGUUAUUGGGGAACCAGACAAUGCUAAGAUGGGAUUCCAAGGAUUGGAAGGUGCUACAGGCCCAAGAUUCAAGAGAUUAACUCCCCAAGAAAUUGAUGAUAGAUUAAGCGAAUUAUAA